UUGCCAGUUUUUCUGAGCCUACGAAUUCAAACUUGGUUUCGAUGAUAUGAGUGCGCUGGUAGAUCUUCCACCAAGUGCUAGGAGCAAGUGGAUCAGUGAAAACACUGAAAAUAUUCUGUCGGUCCGUUAUGUUCGAGCCCCGUUUGGACCGGGAAUGCCAGGAGAGACUGUCGACACUGCAUAUAUCAACUUGCUUGUUCACUCGAACUCGGCACCAGCGCCAACAUCCGAUUUGUUCAGACUGUUGCGCUUGGAUGAGCAUGACAGGUGUCGGCCUGGUCAGAAUAGCAGUAGCACCAGGCCUGCACCCUCAGCCAACACUAAGCCUGGGCCUAAAACAAUGUCUACCAUGCCCGACAAAUUGAUAAAAGAUUAUAAGAAGGUUUUUGAAGUUAUAAAGGCAUUCAAUGCAAGUCGGGCUGAUUCUGCAUUUCUCAGCAACCGAAGACGAAGAGUAGCAGCAGAAAGGAGCAAGGCCAAGAAGUUAAAAAGGGACUUUGUCUCUGGACUGUUGGUACCCGGGUUGGAUGUCAAUGCUGCUGAUGACAAUGACCAUACCGAUGAUGAUGUUGAAGAAGACGAAAACCGAGGAGAGAGAAUGCUGUUCCGUGAGGAUGAGACAUUUCCUGAGGAACAGGCAGGAUUGCCAAUGGCUGUUUUAAAACGUGAUAUUGAUAUUUGUUUUCGUGCCAUAGAGGAGGCAAAGCUUAGGAUGAUGGAAAAGGAGAAUAUGCAGAAGUACAACAGAGAAUACAUUUAUCAAACUAUCGGCAGAUACGAUGCCUUGCGGCGGUUUAUGGGUGAUGUCAAGAAGCUCUUGAUCAUGCUAAGCAGUUAUGAUGUGAUGACAGUGCAUUCCCUUGACAAAGGAUUUUUCACCCAGUUGUUCAUCAACUUUGGAUGGAUAUUUGCGAUUGACUUCAGGUUGGUGACUUCCUUCCAAUGCUUGGUCAUAGGUGGUCAUGAAGUCCUCUCUAAACCUGAUAUUGUGUUGAUGGAAUCCGCUUUGAGCCGUCUAGUAGUAACUGUAGUAGAAGUGAAAAAAGAUGUGGGAAUGAUUUCCGACCAUGGUCAUGAUACACGCAAACGCAAGUUUUCAGCAUCAUCAGAUGUUGGCCAUUCCGACUGCGACAGAGAUGAUAUUGCUUUCUUGUCAAGUACAUUGCGUAGUCAACAUGCCUGUCAAUUAGUUUGCGCCUUGCCUCUCACCAAUGCGAAGAAUCGGAUGUGUAUGCUUGGGAUGAUUGUGCAGGAAACAAAGGUUCGUCUUACAUGCCUACUGAUGGCGAGUGAGCAUCUAGAAAGCCUCAAGCAUCCCAAUUACGAUCCAGCAAAGUACAGUGCAAAAAUAUUCUACACCAGGGCCUACGAUAUGCUGAAUGCAGAUGAUCGUGAACAUUUGAUCAACAUUAUGACAACAUUGGCAAGUUUUCAGUGAUCUAAGGUAGAUUAACCCGAUAAACCAACCUGCAUUUGAGAAUCAUCUAUUCGGUGUGUCAUUCGCAAAAACUUCAUCAUUGCGGGAAGCCAGUUCAUGAUGUCGGUUUCUACAACCAGUAAAAAAAUGGAUUCUGUAUCCAAUGUAAGGUGUUCUAGGAUGGCAAGUAGUGGAAAUAUGUCACUUUUCUGUUGCCCACCUUGUAUUUAGAAAACUAAGAGUUGACUGUUGGGAUGUAACAUGUGUAACGUGUCUGCUCACAAGCUUCACUGAAGGGUUUCUGGUGUAUUAGUUAUGGCCAAAGUUGCCAAUUCUGUCAAUGACUCAGAUCUGUAUAGUUUCUGCAGUUUCCAGGCGGAUUCUCUCUCUUCAUAAGCUUUCCAUUGGCUUCCUGAUGAAAUAUGUGUUGCCUAUUUUGGUUGGUCAUGAAGUCAUCUUUUCCUCAUGUGAACUACCCUGAUCAAAUGUGUAUAAUGCCCAGAAUGGUUACAUGUAUAGAUGUAUACAGUGGAACCUCUCUUAGCGGACACCUCUCUAAUAAGGACACUGGUUAUUUCCAUUCAAAUUUACCUCUGUAAUCGGGGCACCCCUCUAUUAAGGACGGCUUUGUCAUGGGUGUCCUUAAGAGAGAGGUUCUACUGCACUUGUAAUACUUGCUCAUUUUGGUUAUAUCAUUGAUACAAAGAUUACAAGAAGUAGUGUCUGCUGCAAGGAGGAAGAAAUUAGGUUUCAAAUUAUAUUUUCCUUGGGUUCAGGUAUCUUGGAUUGGUGUGAAAUAUUUCAUUUAUAAAUGGAUGCUCUCAUUUGGAUAUUUGGCAAUCAAAACAGUUAUUGUCAGUGAGUCGGAUUCGGUCACUGAAAAUAAGUGUGACAUGUGCUAAGUUUGGUCCCCAACAUAUACCCAAAUGAGAGCAUGAAUGAAAUUUGUUUUGCCAAUCCAAGAUGCCCAUCUUCGCUAAUCAAAAGGCAAUCUAUCCUGGCCUUUGUUGCUCCAAUUGUUACCCUUUAACAUAUGUUAAACAGUGUUUGUCCCCUGAGUGAUUUUGCAACUGGAGAAGGAUAAUGUAUGUCACAUGACAAAAUUUUGAAAAUAUUGUUUUUCAAAAUGUUCGAGCAGAAUUUUGAACGUCCUUCAAAGAAUUAUCAGAGUGGUCUGUUAGAUAAAUACUUUUGGUUCUAUGGGGGCACUAUUUACCGCUCUGCAUAAAUCAAUGACUUUGCAUGGUAGGUUAUUACUGUAAACCAGGAAAUAUUCGUGGCUGUUAUGGUUUGCGGUUUUGUGAAAUUGCAUCUUUGGCGUAGUUUUAAUUUAGUCACCUCCGAGAUCCCGGAUUCGAUUCCCGGUCGGUCUCGGUACACUCAUGUGAUAGAGAAGGCGACUCUCUUCGACUGCGUAGGUUUCCUCCAGGGUCUCCGGUUUCCUUCUACAUACAUAACAAUCGCCCAAUAGUGCUAAUAAUGUCCGUAUUUUGCUGAUCGCGAAAUUUGCAAAAUUAAAACGCACAUGAUAAUUUCUUGUUUACAGUAAUCUCAUCAUUAGGGUUCCUGAUUCUCUGCGCACCAGCCUCAAUAUUUGUUGCUACUUUGAAGUGAUCUUAAAUAUACCCUGCCUGUAUAAAAGAGUUGAACUUCCUACAGUUUGAAAAAUUGAUUAUUGAAAAUUAAUUGAAUAUUGUCACGCCUCCCGCUGCCUUUAAAUACUUUUUGUGAGAAUCAAGUUAUUGAUUUAUAGACUAGACUCUUAUAAUUGACUGUUAAAAUGUUCUUUUUGAUUGUAAUAAAAUUAUUUGUCA